AUGCCGGCAUCAGUUUCACGGAUCAAACAGUGGAAGAGACUUGCUGACUUGCGUUUUCAGGGUUCUCGCAAGUGCAGCAUCCAGGCAGCGUCUCCGCCUGAAGUCGAAGAUGUGCCGGAAGCAGGGAAAGACACCGUGGAGGCGAGCAAGGAGGUAGCAGAUGACUGGGCAGCUUUGACCGACGAGCACCCCGCAGAUGCCACGAGUAGCUUUCUGCCCGCCAGUGUGGCCGAGUGGCUCCUGGAGCUUCGGGGUCGACGCCCGGGAGACAUGCUUCUUUUUCCGGAGCCGCUGAACCUCGGCGACCGUGUCUUCACGUCGGCAUCCGUGGAGCGCGACUUCCGAACCGCCUCCGGAGCUCUGCUGCUCCGGAUGGAUCCGGGCGGUCACCGUUACAUCGUGAAGUUCGCGGAUGUCAGACAGGAGCAUGCCAUGAUGUGUGCUCUGAUGGAGAUGAACCGGCGCUGGAAAGAGCACCAGGUCAGUGUUUGUGGCAGGUCGGUGCAGACUGUCACUUACGAGAUCUACCCUAUCGGAUCUUCUGGCGGGCUGAUUGAGGCAGUCGACGGAUGCCGGACAUUGAGGGAACUCAAACGACUCUGCCAUCCGGAGACCCACCAGCGGGUAUACCGGGCCCUUGCGGGCGAUGCCAGCAAGCUUGACACCUUGGCUGCGACCACGGUGGCAUACCUGACUGCUUGCUAUGCGCUUGGUGUGAGGGACGGUCAUGACGACAACAUCAUGCUCAGGGAGGACGGAUCUCUUUUCCGCGUGGACUUCGGCUUCGUCUUUGGGGCAACGCCGGAGAUCGACACUCCACAGACCGUUGUGGCCCGUGCCGUUACCCUCGCUCUCGGAGAACGGUGGAUGGAGGUCGUGGGUGCCUGCGGGGAUUCGCUGACAGCGUUGACGGGCGACAGCUAUGGCAGCCCCCCCGCGCUGGAGUGCUUGAGCAGUGUUCCAGAGACUUGUUUUGACAUAGCCGCGAUCGUGUUGAUCCUCAAUUUGGUUGUUCUCGUCUGUAGGCUGCGCUUGUGA